UAUAUUCCCCUGUCACAAGAUAGAAACAGUUAAACAAGAAGAUUAACAGACACACUAUGAAUAGAAGUGGUGUCAUGUUUCGAACAUUUGCUCUAUUGAGUUUAUAUUUUGUCUAUACAUCACAACAAGCACCUAAUACAACUCAACGACCUGUCAGUCGAAAAGAUGCCUGCUCUUUCUGGCAUAACUUUACGAGGGAGAUGAACGAGGUUUAUAAAACAUACAGCUACCAGAAUUAUAACUGUACAUAUGAUCCACAAAAAUGUAAUGGAGCAGAUUGCACUGGUUCCAUUUAUUACAAGGUACAAGGUACAGAUCUGAUUAAUGUAUCGUUUUGUUUUGGACUGAGAAUGAAUCAUUGUGACCACCCAAAUAUAUCAAUGGACAUAUAUUAUGCUGACCCAAACAAUGCCUCGACAGCAUUUACAGACCGAAUACAUCAUAAUGAUAAAAAAGAGAUCAAAAGUUUGAAGAUGGAUUUAGCUGGUAUAGGGACUUUGGAACCAUUCCUAUUCUUUCACCUGACCAAACCAGUUCCACAUCAUGUACUGUUUGGGAUAAGAUUAAAAGUUCGACUGACAUCAAAAUUGUUUGGUAUUGAAUCUUGGCCGUCACAGUACCAGCAAGAUAUCGUUCCAAAAACAGAAAUUCCAGCUACACCAUGUCCUGCUGGUCUAAAUGCGACUUCACCUCCUCUUGCUAAUGCUACAUGUGUGCGUAAUCCUGUGAUGAUUCCUCGUACAACACCUAUAACAUUCCCAAUCCAUUCUUCAUCCUACCACAAACCAUGUGCUUUGAAUGCCUUUGGCAGCUGCUCUGGUCCUAAUGAAAUAUGUCAACAGAAAAACAAAACCCACGGGAUUUGUGGAUGUUUUGAUGGUCAUGUUAUGAGCCCCACAACUGGGACCUGCUCAGGGAAAGACGCUGUCGUCCCAACUUGGAAUCUUGGUCCUGUUUCCACAGCUCUACCUGCUGUUAUCCCUCAUAGUCAGCCACAGACCGGGAAUAAGUCCACAUCUGUCAGCAAAUCAGUUCUGAUUGGUGGAGUAGUUGGAGGUAUUAUUUUUAUACUGAUUAUUGGAGUUGUCGUGGUUGUGGCUUGCAAACGCCAUCGCAACAAUCGACAGUAUAUUGGACGCCUCUUAUUGGACACUGAUGAUGACACUGAUAAUGUUAUUUAAAUGAAAAGGAGGCUGGGAGAUGAAAAAGAGUCUGGGUUAAAAAGGACAGGAUAAGGACUCAUCUCAUGUGAUUUAGAAGCAUCCUUAGUAUCAAUUAAUAAAAACUUCCUUUUGAACCCAACUGUUGAGGAAGUUAGCCUCAUAAAUAACUCUGAUGUAUAAUGGUGGUUCAAAAGGAAGUUUAUCAUUUUUACAUUUUUCAGAUUUUAAGGACUUUUUGUGAGAUGCUUUCUGAAUUUAGUUUCAAUGGUUAUUUUUUCUAAAAUUUAUUUUGUAUAUAUGAGGGUUGAAUUUUUUUGUUUGUUACUAAGAUUCCAAAUUUUUUGCCGAUGUGUUGUAUAUAGCACUUUUAGUCAGUUUGUUUUCGAUCUAUGAGUUUGACUGUCCCUCUGGUAUCUUUCGUCCCUCUUUUAGAACCAAUGCCACUAAUCGGCUAUGGUAUUUAGUAAGAUUGUCCUUGGAUCAGACUUAAAUAUAUUUUUUGUCCAUUUUUAUUACUUUGAGCUGGAAGAUGUUGAGCUGAUGAUGUUAUGUAGUUAGAAUUACCAACUCCCUCAUGCAAAUAAAGUUCUAAGUUAUUUUUGGGGAGGCUGAUUUAUAUAGGAAUCACACUGUCUUUCUGUUCCUCAAUUCACCGUUUCAGAAUCUAAUGAAUUCUGGGUAAUAUUUUCAAAAGCGUACACCGACGCGUUGUGAUUGGUUUCAAACGUUCUAAACAAUGGAAAUUCAAUGAAAUGUAAUGUUAUUUUUAUUUUGGUGUACAAACAAUGAGAUUACCCAGAGUCCUUUAGAUUCUGAUAGGGUGAAUUAGUCUGUCUGUCUGUUUGUUACUCUGUCUAUCCAUGUGCUUUGUAAUGGCAACUCCUCCUUAAUGUCUGCUUGUUACUCUGUCUAUCCAUGUGCUUUGUAAUGGCAACUCCUCCUUAAUGGAUAGACAUAUUUUAAUGAACUUUACACAGGGGAGAUAACAUAUUAAAGGGGAGAUAACAUAUUAAAGGGGAGAUAAUCAAAUUAAAGGCGAGAUAACAUAUUAAAGGGGAGAUAAUCAAACUAAAAAGGAGAUAACAUAUUAAAGGGGAGAUAACAUGUUAAAGGGGAGAUAAUCAAAUUUGCAGGACAGGGGUAUUCUUUUCUGAGUUCACUCACAGUCCUAAAUUGAACCAUGAUUGUUAAAUUGAAUUAUGAAUUUUUAUGUCUACCCAUCUUAUCAAGAAUAUAUAUUGAUUAAAAUAGGUUAAGCAACAUAUGCCUUAAUUUAAAAACUUUAAAAUGAAAGUUUCCAAGUUUUAAUCUAUAAGGUUAAUUGUUUGUUGAGUAAACUAUGCACCUUAUUCUUUAUUUUCUUUGUGACAGAAAUUUAUCAUGUUUAUAGAAUUAAAAAUAUUUGUUGCUAAACUUUUGUUACUCAGUUUAUUUUGGAAAAAGGAUAUAUAUGCUUUUAAAGUCUGGUGUUGGUUGUUGUGGUGAUCUGUUGUAAUGUCAUAUACAUUUGGUAUUUAGUGUUAUCCUCUAUGUUUUUUUAACUGAUGUUUAUAUCUAAGUCGUGUAAAAUCAUUUUUCUAUGUGCAAUAAAUAGAGAAUAUCAUAUGGCUUUUUCAAUAUCACAUCCGUAUCAACCCGAGACACCAAUAUAAUCAAAAGAGCUCUGCUCGAGGGAUUAUAUUGGUUGAGGGUUGAUACGGUGUGUGAUAUUGAAAAAGCCAUAUCAUAUACACUUUAUUAUAUACAUAUACCUCACGUAAAUGUUUUUUAUGUGACACGAAGUCAUACAGAUAAGGAGGUUUGAAAUGAUGUCAUACAGAUUACAGGUUUGACAUGACGUCAUACAGAUUAGGGGUUUGAUAAAGCCUUUGCAACAGUGACUGCAAUCGAUGAAGUGACGUCAUACAGAUUUAAGGUGUGAUAAAGCCUUUGCAACCGUGACUGAUAUCGAUAUCAUCACGGGUGGCUGAUACAGCACGCUUGCCAAUGAUUGUAUUACACAUACAAUUUAUCUGUAUUUACUACUAAGUAUAUAAUAAUGUAUUUAAAUGUAUUUGUUAAAACUUCGUUACUCCUUAAUUUAAUGUAAAAAAAUUUAGUAACUCCUUGAUUUAAUGUUAAAAAAUUUAGUAACUCCUUGAUUUGAUGUUAAAACUUCGUUACUCCUUGAUUUAAUGUUAAAAAAUUUAGUAACUCCUUGAUUUAAUGUUAAAAAAUUUAGUAACUCCUUGAUUUGAUGUUAAAACUUCUUUACUCCUUGAUUUAAUGUAAAAAAAUUUAGUAACUCCUUGAUUUAAUGUUAAAAAAUUUAGUAACUCCUUGAUUUGAUGUUAAAACUUCGUUACUCCUUGAUUUAAUGUUAAAAAAUUUAGUAACUCCUUGAUUUAAUGUUAAAAAAUUUAGUAACUCCUUGAUUUGAUGUUAAAACUUCGUUACUCCUUCAUUUAAUGUUAAAAAAUUUAGUAACUCCUUGAUUUAAUGUUAAAAAAUUUAGUAACUCCUUGAUUUGAUGUUAAAACUUCUUUACUCCUUGAUUUAAUGUAAAAAAAUUUAGUAACUUCUUGAUUUAAUGUUAACAAGUUUAGUAACUCCUUGAUUUGAUGUUAAAACUUUGUUACUCCUUAAUUUAAUGUAAAAAAAAUUAGUAACUCCUUGAUUUAAUGUUAAGAAAUUUAGUGACUCCUUGAUUUAAUGUUAAAAAAUUUAGUAACUCCUUGAUUUGAUGUUAAAACUUCGUUACUCCUUGAUUUGAUGUUAAAACUUCUUUACUCCUUGAUUAAAUGUUAAAAAAUUUAGUAACUCCUUGAUUUGAUGUUAAAACUUCGUUACUCCUUGAUUUAAUGUUAAAAUAUUUAGUAACUCCUUGAUUUAAUGUUAAAAAAUUUAGUAACUCCUUGAUUUAAUGUUAAAAAAUUUAGUAACUCCUUGAUUUGAUGUUUAAACUUAGUGACUACUUGAUUUAAUGUUAAAUUUACUAACACCUUGAUUUAAUGUUAAAAAAGUUAGUAACUCCUUGAUUUAAUGAUAAAAAAUUUAGUAACUCCUUGAUUUGAUGUUAAAAAAUAAGUAACUAGUUAAUGUUAAAACAUGGGAACUUAUUGACUUAAUGUUUAACAUGAUUCUUAGCAUCUGUUGAAAUUAAAAUUGCUGAUGAAAGAUUAAAGAUUUAUAAAUGAUCAUGUAUAGAUAAGACUGCAUCAUUGUUGCAAUUUUAAUUUUGACAACUGUACAAAUUGUAAAAAGCUUUUUUAACAAAACAGAAAGAAAACUUUAUUUUUUGUUUGUUGAAAACUUAAGUUUAGAAGGUAUAUGUUAUUAUUUUUGUUAACAUCGUUUAAAACAAUCAUGAAUUUAUUGUAACUUUGAAGCAUAAAUGUACAUAUAUUUAUUGAAUUACACAAAUGAUAGAAUGUCAUAUGAUUUGAUGAUGAAAAGAAAUAUGAAAUUGUAAAAAAAUCUUCAGAUGUUGAUUUGCUUUACAAUAUAUUGUAAACAAGCUUAAGGGAAAAUUCAAGGCCGUCUGUUGCUAUGGUUUUGAUAUUUGUGACAGUUUUAUUUUUGUAGUAAAAAGACAGUUUGCCAAAAAUAAGAUGUCAUUAAAUGCAAAAUAUGACAAAACAUCACUUACAUCUUGUAUUUUAAAAACAAAAUCCCAUAUACAGUACCAUGAAUUCUUUUCUAGCUAUUAGUAUAGAAACAAAUUGUUUGAUUGAUUUUUGCUGUCAUGUUUUUGUUAGCCAUAUACUGAAGAACAAUUAUUUUGUCUUUGAGAUUAAUAAACAGGGGUACAAUGUCAUAAAUGUAGGCAUAAUUUUUAUUUUACUAGAUAUUUUUAUUUGACAAAAUGCAUAAUAUUAUGAUCUGAUCAUAUAACAUUAAGGAAGAGUCGAGUUUACAUGUCAUUAUAAUACUGAAUAUUGAAUUUAUUUAACAAAUUAUUUUCUUGGACUUUUGAACAAAUUUGUGAGAUAUUAACCUCUGGUUAGGUUUUUUUUCUUCAAAUAAUGUGGGUUCAAUAUAAUUCAUACAUAAUAGACUAUUUUCAUAUUACCAACUUUCGACUCCGGAUUAUAUAAUUUGUCGACUGGUUACCUUGGACAUCAUGGUACCAAGUCAGGUAAGAGCAAGCUAAAGAAGUAAAACCAAGCUUUCAAUCGGUACAAUUUUGGGGGAAAAUUACCUGCUUAACAUUUUUUUUUCACUACAAAAUCAUCAGAAAACAGUAAACUUUCCCCUCAAAUUACACCGAUUAUAUGUUUGAUUUUACUUAUUUUGGUUGCUCUUACUUGACCGAGUACCAUGAUGUCCAAGGUAACCAGUCGACAAAUUAUAUAAUCCGGAGUCAAAAGUCGGUAAUAUGAAAAUAGUCUAUUGGAUACCAAUUAUCAUGGAUUGGGUUGGUAUAGGUAACCACUUAUUUAAAUGUUUAACGAAGUACAAAUAUUCUAUUUGUUUGUAUGCAUGCAGACCGAAUAAAUGAAACAUCCAGGAAAAUACAAUUUUUCUUCAAUCCUUGAAAAUUGGUACAUGUAUUCACAAAAAUAAAUAAAUUGACAGUAGAUACAAAUAAGUAUGGAGUUGAGUUACUAUAAAUUCAGAAAUUAUAGCAUGCAUUUAUUAUUGCGAUUUUGAAGAAUGGACCAAAUGCGAGAUUAAUUAUUGCGAUUUCAGGAAAAUAUGCAUACAGAUUUGUGUAUCAGAUGUCAGAAUGUGAGUUCUUAUUAUUGCCAUCAUCACCCAAUUGCAUUAUUUUCGCAUUAAUAAAAACCUUGUAAUAAUUUCUGAAUUUACGGUAUAUUGAGAGUAGAUCUGUGCAGUGUUUUUGGACUGUUGUUUGUGUUAAACCUUCCCUAUUGGUCAUCAUAUUGGCUAUCUUCUUUAGUCUUCUCUUGUUAUCAUCUUACCUGUUGUUACAGUUGCUUCUAAAUGUUAAUAAGUUAAAUAUAUUGACCGUAUUAAAUACACUUUCAAAGAUUGAGUGAAAUGUGCUGUUUUUUUAAAAGAACUUAGCAGUCUUACAUUAUUAUGACAUAUGGAGUUGGUUGUUAAUCAAAGCUAAAUACUUCUGUGUCUACAUGAACCUUGAUCAUGAACUGUAAUGGAAACUAUGAAUAUUUUAUGUGAUUAAGGAACCAAUACAGAUACAAAAUUUACAUAAAGAUAAAUACUAGAACACACCCAUGGGUCUGUGAUUGAAUUAAAGUACCUACGCCUUGUUUUUAGCCUGGAUUUUUUUGUAAUCAUAUUGUCAUCUGAUAGAAGUCAUACUGAUUAUAAGGUGCACAGUUUUCUCUGCUUUCAAAAUCUUUCUGUUUGAACCCAGCCUGGUUUUCGUACAACCAUACAACUGGAAACUACAUGUGACAUAUACAAUUGUUAUCAAUAUUGGAUUUGACCCGGAACUUGUUAAUUACUGGUAAUAUUAAUUAUGUGGAAAACAAAAGGGCUUGGAAUGGUGUAAUUUUUAAUCAACACCAUUAUCCUAUAUUAGUUAAGGAAUGACUGUAAUACUUUUUCUGUCUAUGAAGAAAUAACAUCAAAAACACUGCACAGAUCUACUCUCAAUUUAUUAGAAAUUCAGAAAUUAUUACAUGCAUUUAUUAUUGCGAUUUUAAAGAAUGGACCAAAAUGCGAGAUUAAUUAUUGCGAUUUCAGGAAAAUAUGCAUACAGAUUUAUGUAUAAGAUGUCAGAAUGUGAGUUCUUAUUAUUGCCAUCAUCACCCAAUUGCAUUAUUUUCGCAUUGAUAAAAACCUUGCAAUAAUUUCUGAAUUUACAGUAAAUUGAGAGUAGAUCUGUGCAGUGUUUUUGGACUGUUGUUUGUGUUUAACCUUCCCUAUUGGUCACCAUAGUGACUUUAUUCUUCUCUUGUUAUCGUCUUACCUUUUGUUACAGUUGCUUCUAAAUGUUAAUAAGUUGAAUAUAUUGACCAUAUUAAAUACACUACCAAAGAUUGACAGAAAUGUGCUGUUUUAAGAACUUAGCAGUCUUACAUGAUGAUGACAUAUGGAGUUGGUUAUUAUUCAAAGCUACAUACGUUUUUGUCUGCAUGAACCUUGUUCAUGAACUGUAAUUGAAAGUUUUGAAACUAAGAAAAUUUUCAUGUGAUCAAAAACCAAUACAGACGCAUAACUUACAUAUAAAUAAAUAUUAGAAAAAAAUAAAAAUUGUUUAACCAUAUACAUGAGAUCUGUCAUUUUUUGGAUUCCUUAUUUAAGAAAUACUGACAUUGUCUCCCAGUGGUCAUAAUUGAACUACUUUUACUAUUUGACAUAUUUUAUAGGUGUUUCCUUUAGUUCUGAUUUCAAGGGUUGUGUGUUUAUAUUUUAUAAGUUUUUCUUUUUAGAUCUGAACUUCUAUAUAUUUAUAAAUUACUUGUUUUAUUGUAAUUUUGUUAAAUAGAUCUAAGUCUCAAAAUUUCAGGAAAGUUGUUAUUGUUGCAGCAGUAUGAUAUAAAUGGAGAAUGUUGAUAUUGUUGCGUUCAUCAAUAUUACUUGAUCAGACAAAAUUUGAAUUUAUCUCACAAAAGUUUGAAUCAUUGUUUUUUUAAACUUGAAUCAUAACAGAUAAAGGCUUGAUGGCUUAUAUGCCUAAUUAAUUUCAAGAAACAUUUCAUUUCAUUUAUUAAUCAUACUUACAAUCAACCAUUUUGUUAUUACUUUCUUUUGAUUAUGUUUUUGAAAUAGUUGAUUUGUUAUAACUAGCAAUGUAUAAAUAAUCUUUUAACAAAAAUCACUAGUCAGUAAACACUGAGGUUGUGGAAUCCUGCACAUGGCAGGUGUGUUUGACUCAAAUCUUCUUUCACUAGGAUUGUCAGUUUUCCUACCAAAUGUCGGUGGUUCUCUUUGGGCACUCCUGCUUCCUCCACAAAUAUUGUUGUAUCAAUGCUAAACAUAUGGUCAUUUUAUAGAAAAUCCACUGACUUUCCCCCUGUACUCUAAUAUUUGACAACUCAGAGCUUGAUAGAUGGAGGAUUAUUGCCUGCAGUGCUAGCAAUGAAUUCCUUUAAUUAGUUUAUGAAUUAAGAUUUUGGUGAAAGCAAAUAUAAAUAUGGUCCAUUUCAAGUACACCUUCUAGGAUUCGCCUGACUUUAGUGACUCAGCACAAGGUUUUUUGGAAUGUAAAGGUUGUUUAUGAUUUUUUGUAAACAAUAAAUGCUAGCACAUCAUGGACAAAUAAGUGAGUAAUCUAUGUUUAAAAUUUUAUAACGAAAAUCUCUGUAUGUUUUGUGUACACUUUUUUGUUAUUGUUUGUAUGAUAUUAUAGGUUGUUUUGAUAUGAAAUCAUGUUAACAACAGAAAUCCAUUUCCGUAUUUCUAUAUGUAUAUGUAUUGUUAAUUGGUUCCCAUCCUGAACAUGCAUGAAAUAUUUGCCUCUGGACGUUAAGUAACCAACAAUCAAUCAAUCAAUCUAUAUGUAUAAAUUCAAACCACUAAACAUACAUGAUAAUGUUCAAUAAAACCAUACUUUAGAAGGGAAGGCACUUCAAAAUAUCAUUUAUGGAUUGGAGAUUUUGAAAACUGAAAUGUAAGAGUAAUUCCAAAGUAACCUCUAUAAGUUAGUACCCCUUUUUCAAAGUGCCUUUUCUUGGUACCAUGUAUGUUUUAGUGGAAUAGCAGGAUUGAUUUGGAAGAUAAAUUUGCAGUUUGUAAUAAUUUCUUUGUUUGUAAGCUUAUAUGGAUUAACAUAAAAUAUUUGCAGUGUUUUGUUGGUGAUUUUCAUUUAAUCACUAAAUUAAGCAAAAGUAAUCAAUAAUAAUCUUCUCUAUUGUAUUUACAUGUGUGAAACUAGUCUACUAUGAUCUUGGAAUGAAAUCUGCUAUCAUUUGUAUAACAUUCAAACAUAUUAAAGGACGUAGAACGACUUUUUGUGUUCUCAACAUUACUAAAGUACAGUCAAAGCACAAGUUAGGAACAGUUGAAGAGAUUUUAGUCUAGUUUCAUGUUUUCAGUUAUGUAAAAAAAUACUUUUGUCUGAACAUAAUGAUGUCAUAAAGUUGUUUAUAUUUUUUCUUGCUUUAAUUUAUAAUUUUAUAAUACUAACAACAUGUUAUUCAAGAGUGAUAUGUAACUAGUUAUUGUAUUUGAUUUUAAUUGUUUAAAUAUGAUUGUUCUCUUUGUAAAGAAAUUUCCUCAUCACUGGUUCACCUUGUUCUCAUGAUAAUUAUGUAAGUUUCAUCCAAUAAAUUAUUGUACCUGUA